UGCAAACGCAGACACUUAAGCCUUAAAUCUUGAUGAUAGACUAACUGAUUAGAACAAAACUUAUGAUUAUUUUACUGGCAAUUUCAUUAGAAGUUUGAUUGUUGAUAUGGAUCCCUAAGGUGUUUUUUUUUUCUUCACAAACAAGUAUUAAACAGACUUGUUAAAGGGAAAAGAGACAGCUGGUACUUUGAAACAAUGGCAAUUACCAGUGAGUUUGGUUUGAAGAGCAGCAGCAUCAUCAAGGAAUGGAGCGGACAGGUCCACCCUGCCCUGGUUGCAUCUUUUGUUUUCCUCUUCUGCCUGGAAGCCUGUCUGUGGGUCAGAAAUCUCAGGCUGAAGAGGAGACUGCCGGGACCCUUUGCCUGGCCUGUGGUUGGCAAUGCCAUGCAGCUGGGUCAGAUGCCUCACAUCACACUGGCCAAGCUUGCCAAGAAGUACGGCAAUGUGUACCAGAUAAGGCUCGGCUGCAGCGACGUGGUGGUCCUCAACGGAGACCAGGCGAUACACCAGGCGCUGAUUCAACACAGCACAGAGUUUGCAGGCAGACCAAACUUUGUCUCGUUUCAGAUGAUCUCUGGAGGCAGGAGCCUGACGUUCACUAACUACAGCAAACAGUGGAAAGCACACAGGAAGGUUGCCCAGUCGACUCUCAGAGCCUUUUCCUCUGCAAACAGUCAGACUAAAAAAAAUUUUGAGCAGCAUGUGCUGGCAGAGGCCACAGAACUGGUACAGGUAUUCCUACGUCAGAGCGCUAAUGGACAGUAUUUUUACCCAGCUUAUGAGUUUACAGUAGCUGCUGCUAACAUCAUGUGUGCUCUUUGCUUCGGAAGGAGAUAUGGACACGAUGACCAGGAGUUCAGAACCUUGUUGCAGAGUAUCGACAAGUUUGGGGAGACUGUUGGGGCAGGUAGCUUGGUUGAUGUCAUGCCCUGGCUGCAGUCCUUCCCUAAUCCAGUUCGAAAUAUCUAUGAAACUUUCAAAACCAUAAACACUGAGUUUUUUAACUACGUGAAAGACAAAGUGGUACAGCACAGAGAGUCCUUCAACCCUGAGGUGACCCGGGACAUGAGUGAUGCAUUCAUUAGGGUUAUUGAGCAUGAGGAGAGCACAUUGUCCAGGGAGUUUGUUGAAGCAACUGUCACUGACCUGAUCGGGGCAGGACAAGAUACGAUGUCGACAUUCAUGCAGUGGCUUGUCCACCUGCUGGUCAAAUACCCAGACUACCAAACCAAACUGCAGCAGCUCAUUGACAAAGUGGUGGGCCGAGACCGGCUGCCGUCAGUCGAGGACAGAAGUAAUCUGGCUCUUCUGGACGCCUUCAUCUACGAGACGAUGCGCUUCACCAGCUUUGUCCCAUUCACCAUCCCGCACUCAACCACGUCGGACGUCACCAUCGAAAGCCUCCACAUCCCCAAGGACACGGUGGUCUUCAUCAAUCAGUGGUCUGUCAAUCACGAUCCCCUGAAGUGGAAGGACCCCCAUGUAUUCGACCCCAUGCGCUUCCUCGACGAGAACGGUGCCCUGGACAGAGACAGAACCAACAGCGUGAUGAUUUUCUCAACAGGUAAGAGACGUUGCAUCGGCUCUCAGAUUGCCAAGGUGCAGGUGUUUCUGUUUUCGGCCGUCUUGCUGCAUCAGCUCACCUUUGAGAGCGACUCAUCCUUACCUCCUACUCUGGAAUGCUCCUACGGCCUCACACUGAGGCCCCUCCAGUUCAAUGUGAGAGCCAAGCUCAGGGGAAAGUUGCUUGAUGUGGUUUCCCCCAGCAUAAACACGUUGCCCUAAGGCUGUGCUUCUGUUAAACACUUUACCGCCAGUGACAUUUAAGAAUGAGUAUAACUAUACAUGCACUAGACAGUUUUGAUAUUUAACAAGAAUAUUUAAUUCAUGUAUUAGAUUUUAUGUUAGUGGGGAACUAAAAUGAUAAUUUCAAAGAUCUCUUCUGCAAAUGGAUCAUAUGUUUAUGGACUUUUUUGAACAUUGGAAAGUAUGAAAUAAUUGCUUCUCCAAACACUCUAAACUUGAUAAGAUGUAAUAGAGAAAUGUCUGGUUGUUUGUCAUCCACAACUGAGCAUGUAUAUGUGUGCAGAAGUGACAUUUAAAGUAUCGCAGAUGUUUAUGAAAUACUUGUGAAUGUGAUUAAGACACUUGAAGGCCCAUUGUUCUCAUUUGUUUAUGCAAAAAUAUAUUUUAACCUUCCCACAUAAUUCAUAUUAAUGUAUGGCAAAAACUGUUUAAAUGUAAUCACUAUCUACUGUAUCCAAUGCAUAAACACGCAACAGAAAAUAAAACUCAGACGUGAGAAAGGAGUCUUUCAUCGGGAGGAGGAUCCACAACUUUUCCAAGGAGAUGGUUGAGACAACACUGGGGACCGCAAGCACUGAAAGACUUUCUGCAUCAAAGCUUCACUUUCACUGUACAAGCACUGCAGCUACCAUUGUGCCAAGCCCCCUUUUUUCCUUCGACACGAGAAAGCACAUGUGCAAGACAUUUCUCUGACUCGUGAGGCAUUCUUAAAACCAUGUUUGUUUACAGUACAGUUUUUCAAAGCUACACGGAUGUCAGUGUGCUCCUUUUAAGCCUCGGUGUUCAGGAGCUGACGUUGUAAUGCCCAAGGGACGUAUUUUUCUGUCUGUGUCACGGCAAAACAAUUUUAACACCAGUCGGCCUCAAGUAUUAAAGCUUCCAAUCUGGAGUUGUUGCUUUAGUGUUUGAUGCCCACUGAGCCUUUAUAUACUGAACAAAAAUAAGCUGUAUUUAAAUUAAAAGUGAAAUGUAAAUUGUU